GUUACUGAGGGCUGCAGAGAGUGGUAGCUGACUGGAGAACUCAGGUGCAGAGACGAGAAGUGUCAGAACAUGAGUUCCAAAACAAAAUCCAUAGGAAUCGUGGGAGCUCCUUUCUCAAAGGGACAACCACGAGGAGGAGUGGAAGAAGGCCCAGCAGCAUUGAGACGGGGUGGCCUGCUUGAGAAACUUAAAGAUCUAGAGUGUGAUGUGAAAGAUUAUGGAAAUCUACCCUUCGCUGAUGUCCCUAAUGAUACUCCCUUUCAAAUUGUGAAAUUCCCAAGAUCUGUGGGCAAAGCCAAUGAGCAGUUGGCUGGUGUGGUGGCCGAUGUCAAGAAGAAUGGAAGGACCAGCCUGGUACUUGGAGGAGACCACAGUUUGGCGGUUGGAAGUAUCUGUGGCCAUGCCAAGGUCCACUCGGAUCUCUGUGUAAUUUGGGUGGAUGCUCACACAGAUAUCAACACUCCACAGACGACAUCAAGUGGGAACUUGCAUGGACAACCUGUGUCUUUCCUCCUGAAGGAACUAAAGGGCAAGAUCCCCGAUGUACCAGGAUUCUCCUGGGUGACUCCCUGCAUAACUGCCAAAGAUAUUGUGUAUAUUGGCCUGAGAGAUGUGGACCCUGGGGAACACUAUAUUUUGAAAACUCUUGGUAUCAAAUUCUAUUCGAUGACUGAAGUGGAUAGACUGGGAAUUGGCAAAGUGAUGGAAGAAACACUCAGCUACCUACUGGGAAGAAAGAAAAGACCAAUUCAUCUGAGCUUUGAUGUCGAUGGACUGGACCCAUUUUUCACACCAGCGACUGGUACUCCAGUCCCGGGAGGUCUAACGUACAGAGAAGGUCUCUAUAUCACAGAAGAAAUUUGCAAAACAGGACUGCUCUCAGGAUUAGAUAUCAUGGAAGUGAACCCAUCUCUGGGAAAGACACCAGAAGAAGUAACUCGGACAGUGAAUACGGCAAUAGCAAUAACCUUGUCCUGUUUUGGAGUGGCAAGGGAGGGUAACCAUAAGCCUAUAGACUACCUUAGUCCACCUAAGUAAGUGUGGAAGCAAAUAUAUAAAAAUCUUGCAGCUAAUGACCUAAGUAGCAAAUCUAAUAAUUUGCUUAGGUUUUCCAGAAAAAUAUGUUUGCCUUGGUAAAUAUUAAUACAAUCAGUAUCAAUCCUAUCAAAUCCCUCAUGGUGUAAAAUUCAAGAUUUGGAAAUUCAAACUUUUGUAAAAUUAAAAAGCUUAUUUGCCCAUUUUGAAACUUUGACAGAGAAUAUACAGUAAUUUUCAAAAGAAAAUGAACUCACACUUAUUUAAGUCCCUACAUCGAGGAACUCCUGGCAGCAGAAAAGAAUACUCCACCUAUCAAGUCAUUCCGUGCUGUUCAAAAUACAUAAUUUUUAUAAUAAACUCUUUGUA